GCUGACGUUUGUAAUUAGUUAUCGUUGCGAAGAAUGGCGAAGAGACUGCUAGGGUCCGAACCAGUGGAAGGGUCGCUGACACCGUCGAAGAAGGUAGAGUACAGGGUGACGAACAGACUCCAGGAGGGCAAGCGUCCUCUUUACGCCGUCGUUUUCAACUUCAUCGACGCCAACUACUUCAAUGUUUUUGCUACUGUCGGAGGCAAUCGUGUGACUGUUUACCAGUGCCUUGAAGGAGGUGUCAUUGAUGCCUUGCAGUCUUAUGUUGAUGAAGAUAAGGAAGAAUCGUUCUACACUUUGAGUUGGGCAUGCAAUAUCGAUGGGGCACCGCUCUUAGUUGCAGGUGGGAUCAAUGGUAUCAUUAGGGUCAUUGACACUGGCAGUGAAAAGUUAUAUAAGAGUUUUGUUGGCCAUGGGGACUCGAUAAAUGAAAUCAGGACUCAAGCAUUGAAACCAUCACUUGUGGUCUCUGCAAGCAAAGAUGAGUCUGUCAGGCUAUGGAAUGUGCAUACUGGGAUAUGCGUCUUGAUAUUUGCUGGAGGUGGGGGUCAUCGCAAUGAAGUCUUGAGCGUGGACUUCCAUCCUUCAGACAUAUACCGCAUUGCAAGUUGUGGUAUGGAUAAUACAAUUAAGAUUUGGUCCAUGAAAGAGUUCUGGACAUAUGUUGAGCAGUCUUUUACAUGGACUGACCUUCCUUCCAAAUUCCCCACGAAAUAUGUGCAAUUUCCUGUGGUCGUAGCUUCAAUUCACUCGAACUAUGUUGAUUGCAACAGAUGGCUUGGGGAUUUCAUCUUAUCAAAGAGUGUUGACAAUGAAAUUGUCUUGUGGGAACCAAAAAACAAGGAGCAUAUUCCUGGUGAGGGUGCUGUGGACAUUCUUCAGAAGUACCCUGUUCCAGAGUGCGAUAUUUGGUUCAUCAAGUUCUCAUGUGAUUUUCAUUACAAUGCAACAGCUAUUGGAAACAGGGAAGGCAAGAUUUAUAUAUGGGAACUGCAGUCCAGCCCCCCUGUCCUUAUUGCUAAGCUCUCUCAUAUGCAGUGUAAAUCUCCAAUCAGACAGACUGCCAUGUCUUUUGAUGGAAGCACCAUCCUUGGCUGUUGUGAAGAUGGGACAAUCUGGCGUUGGGAUGCAACUGCUACUCCAUAAGCUUGCCAGAUGAUAAACUCAGCCUUAUCCC